GCGCUGUCAUGAUUUUAAAUAAAUAUUAUAUUAACAAUAGUAUAUUAUCAAUCGUAUAAACAAGAAGAUAAAAAAUCAUUGUUAUAUGUUUGUGGUACGUGCGAAUUUAGUGAUAAUGUAAUAAAUUCUGCCUUUUCCCUAGAAGUGAUCCAUUAUGAAGUUAAAUUUUAAUAAACAAUAAAAUUUGCUGAGAUAAAAAAAAUGAGAAGAAAAGUGGAAACAGUGUGAAAACUUAAAAGUUUUUAAACGAUGGAACAAAUUAAGAAAGUAGAAUUUUCUCGUGUUCUAAGAAAUAUAAAAUCAAUGAAAUUGAGAAGAGAAGAUGCUUGACACAAUGAAUUAGUUUAACUAAGCGCCUUAAGAAAAGGGAAUUGUCAUUAUUAGUUUAAUUUGUGUAUAAAUGGCUGCCGUAGCAGGAUUAUACGGUCUCGGCCCUGACGACGGACGACAUCAACGACGUCGGGGACAAGAUAAGUGCGGUCAAACGCCUGAUGGUCUCAGCGAGCCUGUCAUUUCUCGCGACAAGAGUGGUGUUAAAAAUAAAUCCACUUUUCGUCGAUCGAUUGAAGACAAACAUAUAACGAGACUUCAAAUUGUCAUUGCUGCAAUAUCUAGUCAAAAUGGAUGA